UGCACAAAGACAGAACAAGAGUCGGCUUUCGUUGUCGUGUUUAUAUUCUGAGGAGAGAAGGAAGUUAAUUUCCCAUGUGGCCAUUGUUCUGACGGAAAUUAGUAUGAAGUGCUUCAGAUGCCAAAAACAGGUGUUUAAAGAGAGAGAGGGAGAGAGAGGGUUCUGAUUUAGCCAAAUAUCAGACUCAUCUACACAUUACACUGGACUGAGGGUCUGCAGGCUGAUCAGAUUUCUGGGGCAGUGUGGUGGAGGUUCCAAACCCCCUGAAGAUGUAUGGCCUGUAUUUGGAAGCGGUGAAUGACUACAUUAAUGAAUCAUAUGGAGAGGACGUAUGGAGACUAAUCGAAGCCAGAGCGGAGAUUCCGCACCUCAAAUUUGUUCGACACCAGAUGUACAACGAUAAUCUGAUCCUAAGAUUGGCAAAGGCAGCUGGAGAGGUUUUGGGGAAAACUCACGAUGAGCUGAUGUACGCUUUUGGGGUCUACAUGGUCAAGCGGAUAGGAAACUAUGGCUAUGAGAGGAUCUUAAAGGUACUGGGGCGCAAUGUACGAGAUUUCAUCAAUGAGCUCGAUAACCUGCACGAGUACUUCCGUUUCUCCUUCCCAAAAGUCCAGCCACCCAGUUUCUGUGUAGAGGAAGAAUGUGAGACAAGUCUUACCCUGCAUUACCGUUCAACAAGGAAAGGAUUCACACAGUUUGUCAAAGGGCAGCUCUCUCAGGUGGGCCGACAGUUUUACAACACAGACAUUGAGGUGGAGAUUCUGUCCAAAGAGGAAACAGAGAAAAUGACAUAUGUGGUGUACAAGAUGAAUUUUGACAACGCUGCGUUUAAGCACCGUAUGCCCCAGCAGAAAACAGCUCCAGGCUAUGAGAAACUGCCAAUGAAGCGAGGAAUUUUUUUCGACAUGUUCCCCUUUAGCGUGAUAUUCCGCAGGGACAUGACCAUGUAUCGGAUCGGAGACGGUUUGAAAGAGGUGUUUUCUGAUCUGCAGGGCAAAAAGGUCAAUGAAGAGUUUACCCUGGUGCGACCCAUGCUGGAAUUCAGCUGGGAUAAUAUCUACACCCACCUCAACAAUGUGUUUGAACUGCUGUCUAAGGCUGUGGUGGAGAGCAAACAGAAGGUCAACAUCCCUAAACUUAACAAAGAAGAACCAGAGGAGAAAGAGGAGAAUGAAAAACCCAAAAAAGAAGAGAGAGGCUUCUCAAGCCAACAUCAAAGUUUCUUCACAAACUACAAUAUUAAAGUGAUGGAGGAAAUGAAGGGGACAGAUCAGGAAUACAGCGGCACUCUGACUCAGUACAACAGCUCGGCUAAUUCUGGAGGAGAGGACAUCGAGCUGCUGGCUUUUCAGACUGUCACCGGUAAGUGCAGUGAAACCAUAUUUGAAGACAUGCGGGAGCCCCCUAAAAAGCCUCUCCACCUCAAGGGCCAGAUGAAGUACGUCCCUCAGUGGGACUCCCUCAUCUUUCUAGGAACUCCCAUUAUUGAGACUGUGGAGGACAUGAUUAAAAUGGGUGUUUACGUCAAUGAUUUAAACCUGCACGACUCGAGCAGAGAGCUCAUCCUGGCCGGAACACAGCAAUCAGCCGAGCUGCAACUGGCACUUGACCAGGAGCAGCAGAAGUAUGCACAGCUGCAGGAGAUCAUUAAAAAGCUGGAUGAGGAGAAGAAGAGAGGAGACUCCCUGCUGUACGCCAUGAUACCCAAAGCAGUGGCGGACAGACUGCGCAAGGGAAUCACAGCCCUGGAGACAUGUCAGGUGUUCCCAGACGUGACCAUCCUGUUCAGCGAUGUGGUGAAGUUUAAUGAGAUCUGUAUCCACAUCACCCCCAUGCAGGUGGUGGACAUGCUAAAUGAGAUCUACAUCGUUUUUGACACACUCAGCGAAAAGCACAAUGUUUAUAAGGUGGAGACCAUUAGGGAUGCCUACAUGGUGGUGGCAGGUGUGCCCAAUAAAACCACAUUUCAUGCCCAUCACAUCUGUGACAUGGCUCUAGAUAUGUUAAGCUCCAUUGAUCACCUAAAAGACCCCUCCACUGGGGACAACAUCCAGAUCCGCGUCGGCAUUCACUCUGGAAUGGUGGUGGCAGGGGUGGUGGGUCUGAAAAUGCCCAGGUAUUGUCUGUUUGGGGACACGGUGAACACGGCUUCUCGAAUGGAGUCAAAUGGCGUGGGCAUGCAAAUCCACAUCAGUCAGACCACCAAAGACCAUCUGGAGCAUGAGCCAUACAUCAUUGAGGAACGUGGAAAGAUUUUUGUUAAGGGAAAAGGUUAUAUGAAGACAUACUGGCUGAAGGGAAAGAAAGAUCUGUCAUUUAAGACUCCAGCAGAGCUCAGAUACAGCAAUGAGCAGAAGGACUCAGAGGACAGAAGCUCAAAUGGGUCCACUUGCACCAACAGCAAACAUUCCCCAUCAAACCUGAACACCCCUAAUGAGGAGCAGGCUGAGGGCAAACCCACUCCCACUGACCUGCCCCCUGACGCCCCACCAGCACUAGAGGGCGAUCCAGACACAAACACAUUCACAAAUGAGUCCCAGCAGGACAAAGAAAAGGUUAAAAAGACAAAGAAUAACAAAGGAGGGAAGGCAGAAAAUGCUUCAGGUAAUGCGCAGGAAAGCACUCCACCUGCUGGUGGUCAGGAGAAUGCAGCUCCAGAGCUUAACAACAAAAAGCACAGUUUCAGAAGCCAGUACACACGAUUACCAGCGAACCUCCCCAUGCGAAGCACAGCCUGCAGUCUGCUGUAAAUAUCCAGGAGAAAAUGAUAAAAUAGUCCAUAUUAUAUUAGUAAAUACUUCCAGCAUGAAUUUCACAGACAUAUCAGAUCAAGUAAUGGUCAGAUAACUGCAUCUGAGGCAGCAAAUUCUGCCAUACACCAGCAAACUAAAUUCCAUGAUGUAUUUGGUCACAAUUUGACAGUAAGUAAAUGGAAAAUAAGAGAGGAUGUUUAAAGUGCAGUUCGGCUGUUACUUCCUCUUUAAAAAGUUUGAAUAACUACAUUUGAAUGUUCUAUUUAAAUUAACAGAUGUGAUAUGUUGAAAUCAAUCUAUUGAGUAUAAGAACAUUUGCAUGUACAGUUACAACAUUUAUGUUAAACUUUAGAGAGGUUCUACGAUACAGUACAUGUGCUGAAUCCCUGUUUUCAUUCAGUUACUGUAACAACAGUAAAUGUCUUAAAUGUUAAAUGUGAUUGUUUACAGAUUAUGUUUGAAUUUAUUGUUUGAUGAGCACUGUAAUAUUGCCGUGAAACACAUACUUUGCUUAAGUAAGAACAAACAUAUCAUAUAAUCUCAAGUGACCUAAAUAAAGCAUGUGAACACACGCACACCCCAAGACAUACACCUACAGUCAGACAGGCCUACACACACAUAUGUAAACACAAGGAGAUACAAGUUAAACCAGGAAACAAACACUAGCAUGUCACACUAAGAACGUGACCUAUUUCUGUCUCCUAUGCCAUAAGUUCAUUAUUACUGUAAAGUAUGUCUGCUUGGAGUCAGAAAAGGAAGAUCAUAAAUGACAUAAGGAAAUGUUAGAGAAAUCUGAAAAUCUGUUGAUCUUGAUCAAAAGAGUUCUUUGUCAGAUUAAGCCAGUCCUGACAUUUAAGCAUGUUAAAUUCAUCAAACUGUAGCUUACUGGAUAUCCAUUGCUUUAUCUCUGAAA